ACUGCUUUCUGCAUGAGGAUAGAUGGGCUUGCUGCCACUUCCCUCUUUGGGAUUUUUUUUUUCUACAUGGUUGUAUAUUCUUCUAGUUUUAUAAUCAUGUUUGAGAACACAGCCAUUUUUCUGAGCACGAGUUGAUGGCGGAAGAGAUGCUUUGCUCCAAUAAAAAGAAAACAAGGAUUUUUCGAGAGCAUUCAUAGACAGAGGACAGCCCUUUCUUCCUGAGCUCUGACAACCCUUGUUUUAAGAGGAAAUAUUGACUAGAACCACAGCGCCAUGGAUGUAGUAGGUGAAAAUGAGGCCCUGCAGCAGUUUUUUGAAGCUCAAGGGCCCAAUGGCACUCUGGAGAACCCAGCCCUGGACACAAGUCUCCUGGAAGAGUUCUUGGGCAAUGACUUUGAUUUGGGGGCCUUGCAACGCCAGCUCCCAGAUACCCCACCCUAUUCUGCAUCAGACCCCUGCUCUCCUCCGCAGGUCAAAGGCGCGUGCUCCUGGACCCUGAGGCCAGCAGUUGUGCAGAAUCGGGCUACCUUCCUCCACUCGGCAGCUGCAGCUGCCCCUGGGAUGCUGCCUGCGCACCCGGCGCAGGGCACGUCUGCAAGGAGCGACUCCGGCCGAAGCCCGGGCAGCUUUCACAACUGCUACCCAAACACGGGUCAUCCUGCCACUGCUCAGGACCAAUCCGGGUCUUCCCAUCUGGGGACAAGUUGUUCUUACCAUCAGCAGCUGUUGUGCCACGUCUCCGGAGCCUCAUUGCCUCCAGCCAAGAAGAGAAAGUACACACAGAUAUUGGAUGACUCAGAGGACUGCAGAGUGUGGGCCCACCAUUCCAGACCAUUGACAGGUAGGAGUCACAACAAUGAAGUACACGACCUUGACAGCGAGGGACAGAAUGGGAUGCCUGUAGACCAGUGCUCUCCUUCCCUGAAGUGGCAACCAUACCAAAGUGUUCCUUGGCAUAGUUUAUUAAACAGUCAUUAUGAAAAACUACCUGAUGUGGGCUAUCAAGUUGUCACAGACAAAGGAUUUAAUUUCUCGCCAGCAGAUGAAGCUUUUGUUUGCCAAAAGAAGAACCAUUUUCAGAUAACCAUUCACAUCCAAGUUUGGGGAAGUCCAAAAUUUGUUAAAACCCAAAUGGGCCUAAAGCCAAUAGAAAUGUUUUACUUGAAAGCUUUUGGAAUUAAGGUUGAAGCCACCAAUCAAAUAAUUGCUAUUGAACAGUCCCAAGCAGAUAGGAGCAAAAAAGUUUUCAAUCCUGUUAAAAUUGACCUACCUGCUGACCAGGUCACUAAAGUAACGCUGGGACGUUUACACUUCAGUGAAACCACGGCAAACAACAUGAGAAAGAAGGGGAAGCCAAAUCCUGACCAGAGAUACUUCAUGUUGGUAGUUGGACUGUAUGCUGCUAACCAAGAUCAGUUCUAUCUGUUGUCUGCCCACAUCUCUGAAAGGAUCAUUGUAAGGGCCUCCAACCCUGGGCAGUUUGAAAAUGACAGUGAUGCAUUAUGGCAGCGAGGACAAGUUCCAGAAUCGGUUGUCUGUCAUGGUCGAAUAGGAAUAAACACAGAUGCACCAGAUGAAGCCCUGGUUGUCUGUGGCAACAUGAAAGUGAUGGGGACAAUCAUGCAUCCCUCUGACAGCCGGGUGAAGCAGAAUAUCCAGGAGGUUGACACAAAUGAACAGCUGAGAAGAAUAGCACAAAUGAGGAUUGUUGAAUACGAUUACAAACCUGAAUUUGCAUCUGCGAUGGGAAUAAACACUGGCCAUCAAACAGGAAUGAUUGCCCAGGAGGUGCAAGAGAUCCUGCCCAGAGCCGUAAGAGAGGUUGGUGAUGUCACCUGUGAAAAUGGAGAGAAACUGGAGAAUUUCCUCAUGGUGGAUAAGGACCAGAUCUUCAUGGAAAAUGUAGGAGCUGUGAAGCAGCUCUGCAAGCUAACCAACAACCUUGAAGAAAGAAUAGAAGAAUUAGAAAUAUGGAACAGGAAGUUGGCCAGGUUAAAGCGACUCAGUAGUUUGAAGACAUCAGCCAGUGAAGCGAGUUCCAUCAGCAAAUUUAGUAGAGCUGUUAGUACAUCUUCUCCAAGAAGGGCCAUUCCCAAAAAAUCCAACAAGGUUUAUAUUUCAGGAAAAAAACAGUUUUGCCCUAGCUGGGUUUUCCAGACCUUGGUUAUAAUUCUCAUUGCUGUGAUGGCAUUUUGUGCUUUGAUGAUAGUCUCCCUUUACAUACUUAGCUUGAAAGAUCAAGACCAGCAUGUCCCAGAUCUCCCUCCAAGCAAUAUCACAAACUCCCAGGAGGCAAUUCUGCCACCCACAGUCUCCCCCUCAGCCGUGCUUCCUACAUCACUGGCAACCACACAGACCUCCUUACAAGUACCUGAAAUUACUUUCUGUGAGAUCCUGCCAUGCCAGGAAACUUACUGCUGCCCCAUCUGGGGAAUGAGGAGUCCUGUGCUGAGACAAUCCCAAGAGGAGAAGAAAAUCCAUCAGAGGCGAGGGGCAGAAGAAAAAAGCAAUUUGUUCCCGGUAAGAGAUGAGCUCAUCCGCUCUGACUGGCAGAGUGACUGGAUUGAUACGACCAUUACUUCUAUUCAGAUUAUGGAAAUCCAGCAAAUAAUAGAUCAUCGGUAUUGCAGUAGAAGCCUUCUGUGCGGGCCUGGAAAUUAUAAUUACAAAAUUCCUGUUAAUAAGUACACACCUACCAAUGUCAAAUUCUCUCUGGAAAUCAACACAACAGAGCCUUUGAUAGUCUUCCAGUGCAAAUUCACUCUUGGAAAUAUAUGCUUCAAUAGUAAUAGGGAAACCAAAGGAUUCCAAAACCAAGGAGAAGUCUUCCAGGAGAUGACACAGGGAUACCAGCACAUUUGGAGCCUCCCUGUCGCCCCAUUCUCCGACAGCGCAUACCAUUUCCGUGUGGCUGCACCAGAUCUGGCUGACUGUUCAACAGAUCCUUUUUUUGCUGGGAUAUUCUUCACAGACUACUUCUUUUAUUUCUAUCGACUCUGCGCCUAAUUUAUUCAAGUUUGGGGAUUUCACCAAAGAAAAAUGCUCAGAAAUUCAGUCAACAGACACAGAGAUCCCCUUGCAACUUUUUUUCGUCUUUUUCUGUGAAACGUUUCACAUUUAUUGCUGAAGGACUCUUUUAGGCUUUGGCUUCCAACAGUUUGGAGACAUUAAUGAGGAGAAUAAAGUGUUUGCUGGAACCUGA